CGACGGUUUGCUCCAUGGCGCGGGAUUGUGACGGAUUAGAAACGAAUUCUGGAUUGUGACUUCGGUCUCUUCGCGGCGCAGUUACCUCCCUACCCCCACCCCCACCCCCCACUUCGGAUCCCGCUGACCUGCGGCGGGAAAGUCGUGCGCCUGCGCACUAAGCAUCCCGUUCGGUCUGGAGUCUGAGGGAAGAAGGUCCUUCCCCGCGGAGCUCGCAAUCCGCGCUCGCCGAAGGAUCCCAUUCAUUCCCCCUUCUCUUCCUCCGCCCGGCACUGUUUGCCGAGUGUCACAGCUGCUUUGCUCCCCCUGUGGACAUGACCCCUUAGCUGGCGUUUUGCGCCGCAGUCGCUUUGCGAUGGAGGCUUCUUUGGGGAUUCAGAUGCAGGAGCCAAAGGCUUUUUCUCCUCGUGGCCGGUUUCUGGCGGAUGGCUCAUUAAAAAAACAUGAGCAGAAUUUUAAACUACCAGGUGUUAAGAAAGAUAUUCAGAAGCUUUACGAAGCUGUACCACAGCUUGGUAAUGUGUUUAAGAUUAAGGACAAAAUUGGAGAAGGCACUUUCAGCUCUGUGUAUUUGGCCACAACACAGUUAAAAGUAGGACCUGAAGAGACAAUUGCUCUGAAACACUUAAUUCCAACAAGUCAUCCUGUAAGAAUUGCAGCUGAGCUUCAGUGCCUAACAGUGGCUGGGGGGCAAGACAAUGUCAUGGGAGUUAAAUACUGCUUUAGGAAAAAUGAUCAUGUGGUUAUUGCUAUGCCAUAUCUGGAACAUGAGUCCUUUUUGGACAUUUUGAAUUCUCUUUCUUUUCAAGAAGUACGGGAAUAUAUGUUUAAUCUGUUCAAAGCUUUGAAACGCAUUCAUCAGUUUGGUAUUGUUCACCGUGAUGUUAAGCCCAGCAAUUUUUUAUAUAAUAGGCGCUUGAGAAAGUAUGCCUUGGUAGACUUUGGUUUGGCCCAAGGAACCCAUGAUACUAAAAUAGAGCUUCUCAAAUUUGUCCAGUCUGAAGCUCAGCAGGAAAGCUGUUCACAAAAUAAAUCCUACGUAAUCACCGGAAACAAAAUUUCAUUGAGCGGCCCAGCAGCACCUAAGGAGCUGGAUCAGCAGCCUACCACAAAAACUGCAGUUAAAAGGCCCAACCCAAAUGCACAGAUUCAGAUUAAACAAGGAAAAGAUGGAAAGGAGGGAUCUGUAGGCCUUUCUUUCCAGCGCUCUGUUUUUGGAGAAAGAAAUUUCAAUAUACACAGCUCCAUUUCACAUGAGAGCCCUGCAGUGAAACUUAUGAAGCAGUCAAAGACUGUGGAUUUACUAUCUAGAAAAGUAGCAACAAAAAAGAAGGCUAUUUCUACAAAAGUUAUGAAUAGUAGUGUGAUGAGGAAAACUGCCAGUUCUUGCCCAGCUAACCUGACCUGUGACUGUUAUGCAACAGAUAAAGUCUGCAGUAUUUGCCUUUCAAGGCGGCAACAGGUUGCACCUAGGGCAGGUACACCAGGAUUCAGAGCACCAGAGGUCUUGACAAAGUGCCCCAACCAAACCACAGCAAUUGACAUGUGGUCUGCAGGUGUCAUAUUCCUUUCUUUGCUUAGUGGACGAUAUCCAUUUUAUAAAGCAAGUGAUGAUUUAACCGCUUUGGCUCAAAUUAUGACAAUUCGUGGAUCCAGGGAAACUAUCCAGGCUGCUAAAACUUUUGGCAAAUCAAUAUUGUGUAGCAAAGAAAUUCCAGCACAAGACUUGAGAAAACUCUGUGAGAAGCUCAGAGGUGUAAAUUCUAACACUCCUAAAUUAACAAGUGAUAUACAAGAGCUCACUUCUCAAGACCCAACUUUUUCAGAGAAGAUGGACCAUAAAGCUGCUCACCUCAUACAAAUACCUAAAGCACAACACUCAGGGAAUUCAUUGUAUAAAGAGGACAGUAAUGGCUGUGGGGGUAAUUUUGAUGAGUCUCCUACCAAUCUAGAAGGCUGGGAUGAGGUACCUGAUGCAGCUUACAACCUGCUUGAUAAACUCCUAGAUCUAAAUCCGGCUUCAAGAAUAACAGCAGAAGAAGCUUUGUUGCAUCCAUUUUUCAAAGAUAUGAGCUUAUGAUUAUUGUUCUUUAAAGUUUGCUAUUGUGUAUUGUGAGGUGAGGUGAAAAAGAGUUAUUUGUAAUAGCCAUAAAUUCUUGAUUGGAGACCCGGGCAGGGUGAAUAAUUUGUUUAAAAAUUUUAGUAUUUGCUCUCCUGGCAGAUUCUAAAAUAUGGAUUAAGAUUACUUAAGAUGACUAGGAUAGUUCUUAGACUAACAAAAUGAUCUUUGAGUUAGAUCUACCCGAGUAGGAUCAGAUCUUUCAUUUCCCUAAUUACUUGUCACUGCCACAUGCAGAAAUAAGAGCAGUUUUAGCCUAGUACAUAGGGGUUCAAGGUACGAGUCUUAAAAUUAAGGGUUGUGACAGGGAUUAAAUGAGUCAAAAGACUUAGUUUACUGGUUUCUUUGAACUAUUUGUACUUUUGGAAAAUUCCUCCUGGUGCUGGUACUCUAACCAUUCUGUAGGUAAAGAAGAUAAUUUCCUUUUCUAGAAGCAUAUAUUAUACCUUUUAUGAACACUAAAACAAUGAGAAAAUAUUGGAGGGAUAUUACUUGAAAUUGAAUUUAAUUUAUUCAUUUUUUUAAAGUACUUUGUGGGGCUUCCCGGGUGGCGCAGUGGUUGAGAGUCCGCCUGCCGAUGCAGGGGACACGGGUUCGUGCCCCGGUCCGGGAAGAUCCCACAUGCCGCGGAGCGGCUGGGCCCAUGAGCCACGGCCACUGAGCCUGCGCGUCCGGAGCCUGUGCUCCGCAACGGGAGAGGCCACAACAGUGAGAGGCCCGUGUACCGCAAAAAAAAAAAAAAAAAAAAAAAGGAUUUUAUGAAAGCAUUUUUUGUGUGAACUGCCAUGUUUUUCUUAAUGGUUUCUCUUGAUUUUUUCUGCCUUCUCUACCCCCACCUAACACAUUCUCCUUGGAAAUUUUAUGAUACUUUCCACAAAGUUUCUGGGUGCUUUGUUAACUAUUGCCUGUGUUCACAGUUGAGAAAUUAAAAUAAUGUGUUCACUGGUUGAUAAAGGGAAGCUGCAGGACUAAGGUAAAGAUUGAUAGUCCAAAAUGCUUUUCUUUUUCUCUGAAUGUGUAUGGUUUUUUCAUACCAUCUUAGAUAUGAUUAGGUAGCUGCUAAAAGGAAAAGUGAACACAGAAUUGAGAAUAUUAUUGGAGAUGUUUCCUCUGCCUAGAGCCAUUCUAUAUCCUGUUUUGACCAAGUUGGUCCUGCUCAGAGAAGGAUGCUUACUAGAGUCUUGGGGUAGGUUGGGAAGAGUUCUAAUGAAGUAGGCAAUGUAGAAAAGGAACUAAGAUAGAGGUUUAUGUAUUACGACAUUUCAAAAUGAUAUAUAUAUCAAUGACAGCAUAUCAAAUUUACUAUGGGAAAUAAGUCUGCGAGUGUGGGUCUGCUAAGUUUCCCACUUAGUAGUCAUAGAGGUAUAAUACAGCUAAGAAAGAUACAACAUUCUUUUUGUUGUUUUGAGCACUGAAGUUAGUAUGUCUUAUCUAUACUCCGUUUGGCAAGUAUUAUAUAUAUAUACCAUUACCAUUGAUCUGCUAUCUUCUCAUGCUGUAAUCUUUUUUUUAAAAAACUUGAAUGUUCUUAAAUUGGUAUGU